AAAGGUAAUGCGCCUGCGUCUCUGCGGCAUCGGAUGGAUGGAUAGCGAACUAGCUAGCUAGCUAACACUAGCUAGAUUAGAAGAAAGCUGUAAUUUCUAUAUAAAAGAAGAAGAAUUGUCAGAAGAAGUCGAGGUACAUACGACGCUUUAUGGGUUGUUUAACACUUCGCUAACAAGCUACAUAUUUGACUGCUCCCGUGAGGUGCUCUCGGUACACCAGAGAAGUUUUCAGUCGUUUCUUCAACCGCCAAAAUGCCAGCCGCACUUGCAGAUACCAGUCAGAUUAUUUGUGAAGUCUGGGCCAGCAACGUGGAAGAAGAAAUGAGGAAGAUCCGACAGAUUGUUCAAAGUUAUAAUUACAUAGCCAUGGACACAGAAUUUCCGGGGGUUGUGGUUAGGCCUAUUGGCGAGUUUCGCAGCACAGUGGACUACCAGUAUCAGCUUUUGCGUUGCAACGUGGACCUGUUGAAAAUUAUCCAACUUGGACUUACCUUCAUGAACGAGGAUGGAGACUACCCACCAGGAACAACAACCUGGCAGUUCAACUUCAAAUUCAACCUAACAGAGGAUAUGUACUCCCAGGAUUCAAUUGAUUUACUCCAGAACUCUGGACUUCAGUUCAAAAAGCAUGAAGAAGAAGGAAUUGAUACGCUGUACUUCGCAGAACUCCUCAUGACUUCUGGUUUGGUGCUGUGUGAAAAUGUCAAGUGGCUCUCCUUCCACAGCGGGUAUGAUUUUGGCUACCUGGUGAAGCUCCUUACGGAUUCUCGGCUGCCUGAGGAGGAACAUGAGUUCUUUCAGAUCCUUAACCUUUUUUUCCCCGCCAUCUACGAUGUGAAGUAUCUCAUGAAGAGUUGCAAGAACUUAAAGGGGGGUCUGCAGGAGGUUGCUGACCAGCUUGAGCUGAAAAGGAUUGGGAGACAGCACCAGGCCGGAUCUGACUCGCUCCUCACAGGCAUGGCCUUCUUCAGGAUGAAAGAGUUGUUUUUUGAAGACAACAUUGACGAUGCAAAGUACUGCGGGCGAUUAUAUGGCCUGGGGUCUGGCUCCUCCCAAAAUCAGAACGGCAUUUCCACUUCCUCCCAGGAGGAAACCAACAACAAGCACUGACCAAAAGAAUCCUGUGGCAUCAGGCAGAUGUCUGACUUGUUUUAUCCCCUCCGAUAGUUAAUGUCGAACUUUAUUUUCCCUCCCUCACUGAAAUUCAUGUUUUCAUGAGAUGCACCAGCAAUGAAAGGACAUUGGUCUUGUUAGACUAACACACUUCUACAACCAUUCCGUUCAGUCACAGCCAAUUGAUAUUUCAGCUUAUUGAUGAUAUAGUUCCCUGCGAUCCCUCUGUUUAACCUGUCUUGCUUGCAUUCGGAAAGCAUUUCGAUCAUUUUAUCUUUUGUUUUUCAGCAUUACAGUUGUGAAACCCAGUCUUUUAAAGUGUGGGGCCAGCGCUUCUUUGCUACAUACCGCUAAUGAGACAUGUAGUAGUUCAACAUGCUCAAUGGAAAUUAUUUCCCAGAAUUCCUACAAUGCCUAAAAGGGACUUUGACCUGUUUAAGUGGUUCAGGGUCUUUUGUAGAUGUUUAAAAAUCAGAUCACUGUUGGGAUAUAUGUUUGUAGGAAUUGUGAUAUUUUAAAUUAUGCUGAAAAGGUAUGUAUAUUAAAAUGUAAAAUUUCAAAGAAGCUGAUACGUUUUACCAUUUUUCCUCUAGUGGAAUGAAGAUUUUAGAUACAAACCUUGCACGUUGUGUGGUGGGGAUGGGUUAUAGGGGCACAUUCAAGAUCUUUGUAAAUUGUACUUUUAAGUUGUU